UAUGCAUUAUUCGAGAGAACGCAUUUUGUGACGAAGCAAGUUUGCCGGUGAAGUUUGGGCUGAACUUAACUCCCGAGAAAAUGAGGACUAAAAUUUCUUUCAAAGUGUUAUUAAGUUUUCUUUGAACAUGAUGAAUAUCUCAGAUUUUUAUUCUAUCAUCCACGAGGGCAACUUCUCGUGCGGGACAGACUGAGGCUGUGCAGAACGACGCAACCGGAAGGGCUCGAGCAGAGGUCAUCUCACGUUCUGCAGGCAGGGGAGGCCGAUUCGUCAAAUAAGGUGGAAAAUUCUGCCGACAAUUUCGGCGUCAUUUCACCCGUUUCUACCACUCGAGAAUCCACUGAAAUCCGCCAUUGUUAGCCAGAGCAUAACCUGUUAGGCUGGGUAUGUCUCCGUCUGGGACCGCCGCCUAUUAUGGCCGACCACAUCCCUAGUCUCCACCAAUCAGGGGGGUCUUCUUAUCAGCACCAACAACAGCGUCGCACGACGAGGCGUGGAGCCACUGCAGCCACCACCACUGCCGCCACAUCUAUCAACCACUACGAAGCUUUGGGGAACGCCCACCCAGCUCCCGCCAACAAGCCAGCCGCCAAGAAAAGUAAUUACAAGGUCACCGGUGAAGCCUCAAAACGCAAGUCUGAGCCCCUGAAUCUUAGCAUCCCUGCCAAGCAACCUGCCCGUGAAAUCCAGGAGGUCAAGCUCAACGCGACCAUCCAGAUUGCCCACUUCAGUCCGACGCUCUCAUCGCCGAGCUUCCUCGCCAAGCACCCAGGCCCCAACGAGAAAAGCUUGCCAGUUGAACUUAACGCCAGCGCCUUUGACAGGCAUCUGACAUUUGAGAGCACAGGCUCCUCAUCCUCCUCGUCAUCCUCUUCUGUGCCAGUCGCUGCCGCUCAGCCACUGCUGAACAACAGCUGCCGAGAGCGGUCCCGAAGCCGGAGCCGUAGCUCGGAGACCAAGCCCGCGAGGGAGGACCAGCACCACCACCACCUCAGAGACGCUGCCGGCACUGUCGGCCUUCCGGACACCGGAAGCGGCAAAAAGAGGAAAGCCAGCAGCUCCUCGGCUGGCUCGUCCGCCAGCGACGCCACCAUUGGGGACAAACACAGCAAGCUACGGCUGCGGGCCGCCCACGACCGGCCGGAAUCGGAGACCGGGGAGGCCAGCCUGCCGGGACUGAGCGAGGAGAUCCCCUUGAUCACCUUCCGGUCUUUGCGCUCGUACUCCAGGGACCACCCCUACCAGUACGAGGCCUUGGACUACUACGCGCCGCGCCGUACGCCAGGCAGGACGAGUACCCAACGCAGGGCUGCCCCACCCUGGGGCGCCGGCACAUCCUCGUCGACUGUUACCUCACCCCCGACGACAUCGUCGUCCAAGUCCGAGACCAGGACACCCACAGGGACCUCUACCGUCACUACAGCUUCUUCUGGGACACCAAGAUCACGUAGUUCUUCAUUGUUUAGUGGACUCAGGUCUGUGGAGAACUCUCCUUCGGAGUUGCCAAGCAGUGCCCACACCCAGCCUUCUACCUCUGGGGUCAGCACCCGCCAGAAAGUAACCCGAGGCCGGGCGUCCUCCACCCCCUCAGCAGGAGUCGAAGAGAAAGGGACAGCCCUACCAGCGACCCUGAAAGGCCCGCUCAAAGGCAGGGCCACCUCAAGUAAAGGCAAGUCAAAGGCCAGGACCUCGUCUCCCAAACCAGACAGCUCCCGGCAGCGUGCCACAGACACCAACACGGGAACCUGCGCCAGCACAAGAAGUAGGCGCAGCUCGGGGAUGAGCAAGCGAGGACAGAGCGGGACCAGCCGAUCAGAUACCUCGUCUGGACGAGACGCCACUGCCGAGGGCACUUCAGCUACUGGUCGCAACGCUAACGAGGACUUGGCCCCAGGGGCCACCGCUGCAGCUUCAGGAUCUGGGGGAGUGGGAGGAGCCCCAGCCUUGGCCCUCGGAGGGGAGGGCGAGUCUGAUGAUUCUGAAGUAGGCAGACUCCAAGCCCUGUUGGAAGCAAGGGGCCUGCCGCCACACCUGUUCAAUGCUCUGGGGCCUCGCAUGCACCAGCUGCUACACAGAAGCAUGGGUACAGGAGCAAGUAGCCGAGCCCACCAGCUCCUGGCCGGCCUACAAGCCAGCGGGGAUGAGAGCCAGCAGCUACAAGCCGUCAUCGAGAUGUGCCAGCUCCUGGUCAUGGGCAACGAGGACACGCUGGGCGGGUUCCCCGUCAAGCAGGUGGUGCCCGCCCUCACCACCCUGCUGGCCAUGGAGCACAACUUUGACAUAAUGAACCACGCCUGCCGAGCUCUCACUUACAUGAUGGAGGCCUUGCCGAGGUCCUCCACCGUUGUCAUGGACGCCAUUCCUGUUUUCCUAGAAAAGCUUCAAGUGAUUCAGUGCAUGGACGUGGCCGAGCAGUCACUGACCGCCUUGGAGAUGCUGUCCAGAAGACACAGCAAGGCCAUCGUACAGGCAGGCGGUCUGGCGUCGUGCCUGCUGUACAUUGAGUUCUUCUCUAUCGCCGCUCAGCGCAAUGCCCUGGCCGUGGCUGCCAACUGCUGCCAGAGCAUCGGCAGUGACGAGUUUGAGCUGGUGACGGAAUCCCUGGUCCUGCUGACGGGCCGACUGCAGCACCAGGACAAGAAGUCGGUGGAGAGCUGCUGCCUGUGCUUUGCCCGCCUGGUGGACAACUUCCAGCACGACGAGAAGCGACUGCAGGAGAUAGCCUCCCACGGCCUGCUGACCAACCUUCAGCAGCUGCUUGUGGUGAGCCCGCCAGUGAUCAGUACCGGCACCUUCAUCAUGGUCAUCCGCAUGCUGUCCCUCAUGUGUUCCAGCUGUCCGCAGAUAGCCGUGCAGCUCCUCAAGCAAAAUAUCGCAGACACCAUCAGCUACCUCCUGAUGGGCUCCUCGGAGCAGGCGAGCCAAGAAAUUGAGCUGAUAGCCAGAAGUCCACAAGAGCUGUACGAGAUCACGUCACUAAUUGGCGAACUGAUGCCUAGGUUGCCCAGCGACGGGAUCUUCUCCAUCAACACCAUGAUCAGGAAGGGCAGUCACCAGGUACCAGACUCCGCCAUCUGGCAGUGGAGAGACGACAGGGGCAUGUGGCACAGCUACACGCGCAUUGACAACCGGAUCAUCGAGGCUGCCCACCAGGCCGGUGAAGACGAAGUCUGCCUGUCCACCAUGGGGCGCACCUACACCAUCGACUUCAACGCCAUGCAGCAGAUCAACGAGGACACGGGCACGGCACGGCCGGUCCAGAGACAGCCUAACCCGGCCUGCUCUGCCUCUUCAUCAGCCAACUCUGCGGCCAUCAAGGAGGAUGCCCGGGCAGCCCUGCUGAAGGAGGACCCGGACCUUGCAGCGCUCUUCAUCAAGGCCCUCUUCGCUGUACUCUAUGAGGUCUACAGCUCCUCGGCUGGACCGGCAGUGAGACAUAAAUGCUUGAAGGCCAUCCUGAGGAUGGUGUUCUUUGCCGAGGCCGACUUGCUCCAAGACGUACUGAAGAACCACGCUGUGUCAAGUCACAUAGCAGCCAUGAUGUCAUCCCAGGACUACAAGGUUGUGGUGGGCGCUCUACAGAUGGCUGAGAUCCUGAUGCAGAAACUCCCUGAAAUCUUCCACGUUUACUUUAGACGAGAAGGGGUUAUGCAUCAGGUCAAGCUGCUGGCCGAGUCCCCCAUCGAGGCAGACUCCUCCCCACCCCUCAAGCCCAAGACCAGUACCCCGAGCACCUCCAGGGAGACGCCCCAGAGCAGAGACCCAGGCAGUGCCGACGUGGGGGCCGACUUUGACACACCUCCACAAGGGAGACUGAGUGACGUCCUGAAAUGGAAGCGGCCGCCCAAGCGGGCGGUGGGCCGCAAGAGCAAGUACGCCAGCAACGAUGACAGCAGCAGCGGUGGCGGCGCCUCGCCGUCCCCGUUUGAUGUCCUGGAGGCCCACCACACUCGGCUGAGCAGUAUGAUGGCCAGCGGAGCCGGUAAAGCCACGCCCACGGGCCGGCCCUCAGCCGCGGCCAAAGGGAAGGCCGCCAUGGGUAAGAAUUCGGGGGCCAGCCAGCGUUCGUCAUUCCUCUCCUCUCUCAACCCGUCCCGCUGGGGGCGCUCCAACAGCAGCGGUAAUGGUGCGGCUGCCGUUGUCCCGCCGCCCACCGGCAACUCUAACUCUUCGGGCCCGGCCGCUUCCCUGGACAAGACACCUUCCUCCCAGGACUCGCUGAGCCUGCACCGGGCCGCCUCGCACCACAGCGCGCACCACCACCACCAUCAUCACCACCACCACCACCACCACGCUGAGGCUCGGGCCUUUGGACUGGACGGAGCGGCCUCCAUGCACCUGGCUGCGGUGGGCAGCGGCGGCGGCGGUGCUGGUGCGAGCAGCGCCAGCCAGAAGGAGAAGAUCAAGCAGUGGAUCAAAGAGCAAGCCAGCAAGUUCAUCAACCAGUACUUUGGAGAGGAGAUGCAGGGGGAGAGCCACCCGGCCCUGGGCAUGCUGAACAAACUCUGCGUGGCAGUGGACCGAUUGCUCCUGGAGAAAGAGCAGGGGGUCGACUGCCUGCAGGACAUCGCCAACAUCCUGACCAACUCGGACGUCUCGCCGUUCGAGAUCCUGCACAGUGGUCUGGUCAGCCGGCUGCUCAACUUCCUGACAUCCAACAGCGGCAGGGAAGUCUUGGACCGCUACACCAGGCUCAAGCGAUUCCUGCAUGUGUUCCUUCACUGUCCGCUGCCAGACACAGCCCCCAUCCGGGCUCUGGACCACCUGGUCACCCCUCCCUUCGUGGCCCUGGUCGGCAAAAUCAACGGCUGCAUCAACCACCUGGAGCAGUUCCCGGUCAAAGUUCACGACCUGCCCGGAGGCAGCAGCUCCGGGACCCGCGGCUCGCAGGCCCUCAAGUUCUUCAACACGCACCAGCUGAAGUGCCAGCUGCAGCGUCACCCAGAGUGCACCACCCUCAGGCAGUGGAGGGGCGGGCCCGUCAAGAUAGACCCCCUGGCCCUAGUCCAAGCCAUUGAGAGGUACCUGGUUGUGAGAGGCUACGGUCGAUUGAGACAGGAGGACGAGGACAGUGAUGAUGAUGCCUCAGAUGAUGACAUCGAUGAAUCGCUGGCCGCGGCCUUCUCCAGCUCCAACAUGAACAUCAAGCACAAGCUGGAGUUUGUGGUCAACGACCGCACCCUGCCUUACAACAUGACCGUCUACCAGGCCGUCAAGCAGUUCGGCGGCAGCUCGGCCGAGGAGGACCGGGACACGGAUGACGAGAGCAACCCACUGGGCCGGGCCGGCAUCUGGAUCAAGACGCACGUCAUAUGGUACCGCCCGGCCAGCGAGAGCGGCCCCGAGGCGGCCCAGGGCACUCCAAAGUCGGCCACCAGCAGCACCAGCAACGCCAGCGGCGGCAGUGCCGGCGGUAGCACCAGCGGCAGCAGCGGGGGCGGGAGCGCCACCAAGCGAGGGAAAGGGGCGGGCGCCAGCAAGGCGGCCAGCAAGGCCAGGAAACACGAUGAACUCUGGCUAGACGGUAUAUGCCCGGCCCCCGUCUCCUCGCUCGAGCUCUACCUCACACCCAAGUUGCCUGGAGGGGUGGUGAUUGACGACCCGUCGGUGGAGGCCAUAUCAUUGAUACGCGUUCUCUAUGGACUCUGCAAACACUGGAACUGCCUAUACGAGGGAGCUGGACCCCAGCCUGCCCUCAGCCCAGCUGAGCUGACCAACAGCAAGCUGACAGCCAAAGCGGCCAGACAGCUCCAGGAUCCGCUGGUCAUCAUGACGGGCAACCUGCCGUCCUGGCUGAACGCAGUGGCCAGAGCAUGCCCCUUCCUGUUGCCCUUUGACACGCGACAGAUGCUGUUCUACGCCACCGCGUUUGACCGCGACCGGGCCAUGCAGCGGCUGCAGGAGAACAACCCAGACAUGAACACGUCGGAUGCCAACGAGAGGGUGGCUCCCAGGCUGGACAGGAGAAAGCGAACGGUUUCCAGAGAUGACCUCCUGAAGCAGGCCGAGACAGUGAUGGACGACCUAGCCGGUUCCAGAGCCAUUCUGGAGAUCCAGUACAACAACGAGGUUGGCACAGGCCUGGGUCCGACGCUGGAAUUCUAUGCCCUGGUGUCUCAGGAGCUCCAGAGAGCCGACCUGGACAUGUGGCGGGGUGAACACGUGGUGCUACCCGAAGCCAAGGGUGCACAAGCCGGGGUGAAGUAUGUCCACUCCACCCACGGCCUGUUCCCCGCGCCGCUCAGCCGCAGCACCAAGAGCCAGACUGUCAACAAGAUCAAGGCUAAGUUCCGAUUCCUGGGCAAGUUCAUGGCCAAGGCGCUCAUGGAUUCAAGAAUGAUCGACAUUCCGCUGAGCCUCCCCUUCUUCAAGUGGCUGCUGGGCCAGUCGGAUUCGCUCAACUCCCACGACCUGCAGUACAUUGACCCAGUCCUGGCUCGCUCCUUCCACCAGCUGGAAGAGCUCAUGCAGCAGAAGAAGAAACUGUUGGAGGACAGCUCACAUACCCCGGCCAGCCUGCAGCUGGCUCUGGACAGCCUGACCAUCGACGGCAGUGCCGUGGAGGACCUGGGGCUGGACUUCACCCUGCCGGGCUACGGCAACAUCGAGCUGAAGAAAGGCGGCAAGGACACUGUGGUCUCCAUACACAACCUGGAGGAGUAUCUCAAGCUUGUGACUCACUGGACUCUGGUGGAAGGGGUGUCCAGGCAAUUCGAGGCCCUGAGGGACGGUUUUCAGUCGGUCUUCCCGCUGUCAAAUCUGCUGAGCUUCUACCCAGAAGAGAUGGAUCAGAUGUUCUGCGGAAACAGCAGUGAGCCCUGGGACAUCAAGACUCUGAUAGAAUGCUGUCGUCCCGACCACGGCUACACUCACGACAGCACUGCUGUGAAGUUCCUCUUUGAGAUCAUGGCAUCGUAUGAUCCACAGCAGCAAAGACAAUUUCUGCAGUUUGUCACCGGCAGCCCCAGGCUACCAGUCGGGGGUUUUAAGGCCCUGACUCCGCCCCUGACCAUAGUCCGCAAGACCUUCGAGACCUCAGAGAAUCCCGACCACUUCCUGCCGUCCGUCAUGACCUGCGUCAACUACCUGAAGCUCCCGGACUACAGCUCGCUGGAGAUCAUGCAGUUCAAGCUGCGGCUGGCCGCCGAGGAGGGCCAGCUGUCUUUCCACCUGUCGUAAAGAGGCUGCCGCGGCUUGGACGGCAGAGACUCUGACCAGGAUUUGGCUGGUGGGAGGUGCAGGGAAGAACAGGGGCACAGAGGCAGUGACUGCCUCGACGAUCGUGCUGCCGCGCUGAAGGAUGAACUUGUCCCUUGACAUCUUGUUUACCAGAAUGCAGGUGGAUCUCUGCUCAUCUGGAGUUACAAUGCAGUACAGCUUGGUCAGAUACAACAAGCCAAACCAACAGAGGACGAAAACUGAGAAGUAAAAUGAUGCUGACAUAUCUGCCGUUCUUGGAAUUAUUUUUUUUUUUAUUUGGUUAAUCUAUAUGCUAUAUGGAUGUAGAGGAAACUGAGAUACAUAUUUGCCACUCGUGGAGAGCUUGUACAAAAAAAAAAGAGUAUGCUCUGUUUCAGAUGUGACUUCUUUGUUGAAUCGGAAGGAUUCUUUUCAUUUGACCAAUGCAAAGAGUUUGGAACUUGGGGAAAAAAACAUUCGUACAUGCUUGCAUGAUGCCUCGUGACAGAUUUCUGAAACUGGUGCCACACAGGUGCAAGGUAAUCAGAUGCUGUUAGGUAUGAGCGUUGGUCUUGUAAGCGGUUGACUGUCCUCAAGAAUCCUGCAGUAGAGUGUAUGAUCGACAUACCAUGAAGGCCGCGAGUAAAUAUAUACAUAUAUCUUACCCUAGAAAUCCAGCAGCUACAGAACGAGUUCCAAGCGAAUGCGAAUCUUUUCUGAAGACCUUGCAACCCAGUGUUCUCAUGGAGAAUACUUUGGAUUGAUAUCACAGAAGAGAUUGGUUAAUCAAAGGUUUUCACCAGUCAGUGUAGUUUGAGAUUCCCGAGUGGAAGUAUCAGCCGAGCAUGUAGAGUGUGAGCAUCGUGUGUGACGUGAUAGGAUCCCUAAUGAUGGGAAAGGGUGGAACUUGUCUUUUUGCCUUCCCACUCGGAAGCCUUGUCACAGAUGCCAAGGUGCCCUGAGAAACCAUUUGGAGGCCUGGAAGCAGAUUUCUUCACAAUCGGUGAGCAGACCAAGCCUCCAAAAUGCAGCCCCACCACUGCCAAAAGCACUCCUUGCGUGAAGAACUGAAUAACCGUCGAUGACCAGAUGCAUUGCUUCCGCGACAGAGCUUGUCGCUGAAGUGUGAUCGGCCAUGCUUUCAGGAAGCCUCACCACUGACCGUAUGCCCCACCAGUCUCCCAAGGAAGAUCUUCUUCCCAAGAUGUCAGGCCACCACCACCCAUGCCUCUGCCAGGAAGCUUGUUUGACUGGACCAAGCAAAGCGGUUCACUCUCCUCCCAGUGAAGAUACCCCCAUUCACACUGGGAGCAGCCGCCAAAAUGUCCAAGACAAGUUGGCGGCAGUGCACUGGCGAACCAGUUGGUUGUCGUAAACUUGUUCAGCAUCAACAGGCCAGAAAAACUGUGCAUAGUGUCCACUGCAGGAGUGAGGGUUAGUAGGUAAUCACCACUCUAAUGACAGACUUUUGAACCAGUGGCAUCUAAGAGAUACGUGUUUGCACGUUUGUAUGGCACCCCCUCAGGAGCUUAAAAGUGUACAUGCACGCCCAAAAGGCAAGAAUUAGAUACAGAGGUAUGAGGGCGUGCCUCUGGGUGUAUGAGAAACGGGGUGUGGCAAAAAAGUUACACUUGAUUUACCUGUUGUAGUACUUGAAGUAGUUGAGGCUUAUUGAGAAAAAACCAGCAGCAGCUCUGUCCAGUAGAGGCUUUGCAUGAUAGCCAUCUUGCAGGGCAGCUGUUUUGUUCCACAGAAAGCCUCCUUUGUGCAUAUCCUGUUGAACAAUAGCAUUGGCCUACAAGAUGGCAGCUGUGCAAACCCUCUGUUGUUGUCAGUAUAACUGUAACAGUCUGUUGAAGGUAUUCCUGGAGCAUCAGCCCAACAAAGUAGUGUCACUAGUAAUGGACGGAUUUCUUCCCUCCUCCCAACAAGGUUGAUUUUCAUAAUGGAAAAAGUUGGCUCAGCCAGAUGCAUGCCACCGGUCCCUAUUCAAAUUGUAUAAUUGCCCAUGGCAUGUAGAUCGGCAAUGAUCACAUGGCCACAAGGCAUCAGUUCAACCAUGUCACCCUGCCAGACCCUUCAAAUUCCUCCGCAAGAUCUGUUGGGGGACCCUGAGGGAUCAAAGAAGGCAGGGGUCCACCCCUGUAGCUUCCGCUGGGCACAUUGUACUUCGUGAAUGUUGAAAGGACCUGUGUUUCCUUGCAUAGUUGAGGUUCCUGGGGAUUUUUUUUUGGCAAGAGCGACCAGGGAAUUGGUUAAAUCAGUCAUUGUAGUUUUAUUGCUAAAAACUUACGUUAUACCCUCUUCCUCCCUAGAUAACCUCAAUCACUUAUAUUGCCAUCUGGGCGUUGAUUUGACAGAAGAUGCCGUUUUGCAUCCCGUUUCACUUCGCAAAUUGCAAGUCGCUGAAAAAAAAAUGGGUCAGUGUUAAGGACACAACCUUUAACUGGAGUGACACGUUUCGAUGUGAUCACCCUUUUUUGCAUCGUCGGUAAUUGCACAGAGUAGAUGCCCCCUGGCUAUCCAUGACUUAAUUGCUUAUAAUUGGUCUCCUUCACAGAGGCCUUUUUGGGGAAAAUGAGUCCAAAAUCGUAAACUUUUGCGUAGCACGUUGCUUUGAAUAAUAGGAAAAAGGGCAGAGUCGUAGGAGGUUAGCUUCGAGGGCCGUAGCUUCUAAUGUUUCCAUUUUGUUGUUUUGUUCCUUGAGCACCGUUUGUGAAUUUCAAUAAUAAAAUUGCUACAUGUUAACCGCCCAGAA